GUAAAAUUUAGCGAAACAAUAUUUAGGUUGAUCACAUUCAUCCGAUAACAAAAAGAGACCAAAUGCUCGGUGUCUUUGUGACAAAUGAUGAUUGAACUCUCAUUUCUUUCUAAAUCACACUAACGCGCUUAUAGACACGCGUUGGUGCGGCGCGUAUGACAUUCGCCGUCGUCCAACGACCAUGCCAGGCUCAGCGUCGACGACUCACCGCCCCGAGGGUUUAAUUGAGCGGCUUCGCUCCGCCGCUGCAGACGGCGGAGAAGCCAAAUUAAAGGUCCUCAGGGAACUUAAGAACCAGAUAAUUGGCAAUCGCACGAAGAAGCUCUCGUACAUCAAGCUAGGUGCCGUCCCCUCCGUCGUCUCGAUUCUCUCAUCCGCUUCCUCUUCAGUCGAUUGCCUCCUCAUCCAGUGUGCCGCAACCAUCGGCAGUUUUGCGUGCGGGGUGGAUGCCGGUGUUAAGGCCGUUCUAGAUGCCGGAGCUUUUCCUCACCUUAUAAAUCUCCUUUCGCAUUCGAACGAAAAGGUUGUAGAUGCAGGUGCUCGUGCCCUUAAAAUGAUAUACCAAUCAAAAGCUGCUCCUAAAUACGACUUCUUCCAACACAAAAACAUUGAAUUCCUGAUAUCUUUACUAGACAAAAACAAUGAAAAUGUAACUGGACUUGGUGCAAGCAUCAUCACACAUUCAUGUGAAACAAACAAUGAGCAGAAAAUAUUAGCAGAUGCUGGAGUCUUAAAAAAACUCAUCAACCUUCUUCAAGGCACCACAUCCCAAAGAGACGCCAGCCUGGAAUCAUUUGCCACAAUCAUCAAACAAAACCCCGAAGUCAUUACUAAAUUUGUGGGACCCGAAAACAGCACAACAUUUGGUAGUUUACUAGAGUUAACAAAAGAUAGGUACCCAAGAACAAGAUUGUUAGCAUGCAUAUGCUUGACUUUAAUCAAGAAUGCCACCUCAUCAUCAUCAUCAUCAUCAUCAUCAUCAUCAUAUCUUCAAUCAGUGGGAAUCAGAACCAAAUUGAUUCUGGUUUUACUUGAACUUGUUGAUGAUUUUGGUCAAGUGGGAGAUGAAGCUUUGUUUACAUUAUCUAGCUUCAUAGAACAUGAAGAGGAUCUACAAAAAUUAGCUUUUGAGGCGAAUACAGUUGACAAACUUUGUCACCAAAUGCAAAAAGAAUCAUUACAAGCCAAACGCCUUGAGGGAAUAUUUACUACUUUGGGUAAUCUUUGCUCCAAUCUUGAACCUUGCAGAUCUAUUGUUUUGCAAUCACCCAAGGCUUUGAUCAUCAUAACUGAUGCUUUGACUCAUACUACAACAGAUGUCCGUGUUGCUGCUUGCAUCUGUUUGAAAAAUGUUUCCCGCUCAGUUAAGUAUUUGAGUGCAGGCCAUUUUAUGACAGAAGCAGUUAUCAUGCCAGUGAUUCAGCUUCUAUAUGAUGCUUCUACUUCUGUCCAAGUUGCUGCAUUGUGCACUGUGAGUAACUUGGUGGUUGAUUUUAGAACACACAAGUCACUUUUUAUACAAAGUGGAGGUGUGAAACAGCUUGUGGAGCUAUCAAAAUCCAUGGAUUCAACUGUUAGGCUCAAUGCUGUUUGGGCUUUAAGAAACUUGAUGUUUCUUGUGGACUCCAGGUGUAAAGAAGAAAUCUUUAUGGACCUCAAAUUAUUCCCAUUAACACGCCUCAUCUCUGAUUCUAAUGCAUGUGUACAAGAGCAAGCUUUGGGGCUUGUUUGCAAUCUUGUUAAUGGACCUGUAGACUCUAUUAUGUAUCUAUUCACCGAAGGUCUUUUGCUAAACACUGUUGGGAGAGAAUUAAGAAGAGCUUCAAAACCUCAAGUUUUGGUUCAGGCAAUGUAUGUUAUGUGUAAUGUGGCAUCUGGGAAAGAGUUUGAGAAGGAAGCAGUGAUGCAGCAACUUGUGAAUGAAGAUGAUAAUAAUCAGUCAAUAAUUGUGACUUUAUUGCAAAGUGACGUGGCAAGUUUGAGAACAGCUGUAGUAUGGACUGUAGUAAAUCUUUCUAUUCCAACUGGGGCAGGUGCAUUAACAAGAGUUGUCAAAUUAAGAAAUGCUGGUGUUGUUUCACAGUUAAAGAACAUGGUUAAUGAUCCAUGCUUGGAUGUCAAGCUUCGUGUAAGAACAGCACUUGGGCAAUCAAUGACUUUUGGGGAUUUUUCUACGUGAAGUGAAGUGAAUGUUGAUGUUUUGAGUUUUACUCGAGUAUUGGCGGGAAAUUGUUUUUGUAAUUUGUAUGUUGAUUUGUGGUUGAUAUUGUUGUAAUUUGUAAUAAUUGAAAUGUGGGUUGUUUUUAGCUUCUUAUUUUUGUUAAAUAUAAUUAUUUAUAAACUAACUAUACAUUCUU